GCAGCACGCUGGCAAGUAGCGGGAUUUACUUUUCAUUUUUUAACCCUUUCUUCUGUGAAAAUGGACAUUACUGUUGCAGCCCUGCUUGUGUUUUAAUGAUACACGUCCUCCAUGAAGAGCCUGGCAGUGCUCGGGGUGGACAGACCGCUUCUGCGAGAAGUUCACUUUGUGAGAGGACCAGACUUUGACUUGAAACUCAGACGCGAUGCACUCCUCUUUUCACGCUGCGGACACCUUUAUUUUUAGAUGACAAUACAGCCUUGAAAGGAGGGGAAACGAACCACCUUCCUUCCUGCCGCCUCACCAGAGCAGUGCGCAACUAGUUUUAGCCGCAGGUUUUGGUGAGCACAGGCAGUUUGACGAUGCUUCUAGUUUCCUGUUUCCUCCUCCAAACCCAACCUGCCCAGCUUCUCUUGGCGUCUCGCUCGUAAAUUGCCAUGUCCACCCGGCCCGAGCGCCAAGCUUCCAUCAGAAAAUGGUUUCGCAGAAGGCUUUGCAGGAGUGGUGCCGCCUCACGUGCGUCUCGUACCCCGGCCUGGAGAUCAGGGACCUGUCAGCCUCAUUCAGAGAUGGACUGGUGUUUUGCGCCAUCAUCCACAAACACCGGCCCGACCUCAUAGACUUCACAUCCCUCUCCAAAGACAAUGCUUAUGAAAAUAACAAGCUGGCAUUUGAGGUUGCAGAAACAAAACUGGGGAUCCCUGCACUGCUGGAUCCGAAAGACAUGCUGUCCUCCAAAGUGCCUGAUUGUUUAGGCGUCGUCACCUACCUUUCUCAGUACUACUUCUUCUUCAGUAGGAAAACCUGCCCGAGUCCCACCAAGUUGUGGUCGUCGCACGUCACGGCCUCAAACAAUCUGACGAGGAGUAAAACCUCUGAUGGCCUGACGCGUCUGAAGAGCUUGACUGACCUGGAAACCGGUGAGGAGAAUCGGUUUUUCGGCGCGAGGUCUCGGACAGUGUGCCAUCUGUGCUUCAAGCCCGUCCAUCUCAUACAGAGACGUUUGGUUGAUGGGAAGAUUUUUCAUCGCAGCUGCUUCAGGUGUAAAGUGUGCUGCAGCAGUCUCUUACCAGAGUCCUACACUCAGGGAAGUGAUCCCGGCUCCCUGAUCUGCAGCUACCACAUCACAGCCAGCAAAAGCACUUGUGUCAACCUCAAUCAGCAAAUCGCAUCUCCAAAUAUGGAGGAAGCAAGUUGUUAUUCUCUGAGCGGAUUGGCCAUAAGCGGCGUUCCUCAUUAUGCUAAGAUAACAGAGUCGCAGGACAGACCGGUUUCUAGAACGACGGAAACGAGCGGGGCAGUAAUACAGGAGAGCAGCAGAGCGAACAGAGACGGGACGGUGAAGGAGUCUGAAAACAACGGCAAAGCUCAUCAGGACUCGAAAGAGACCUCAGAGCUCUGGUCUGCACGAGCGACAGAGAGUCGUCGUCCUGUUCCCGCUCCCAGACGGCUGUUGGACUCGUCUGUCGUCCCUGUUCCUGCAGCCCGGAUCAGAACGUCCCACACAAUGAGCAGCUGUCCAUCUGCAGGCAGUUCCACAAGCCGAAGUAAAUCUCCACCCAGUUCUUCCCACAUGAUCAAACAAACCACCACGAGCCCAAAAGUCAACUCCAGCCACCCCUGGAUGGCCAUUGUGCAUCCCGGACCCUGGACCCAGCUGCCUCCAGCCCCGCCUCCCGUCCCACCGCCUCGCUCCAAGUCUGUCGCCAGGAUCCCGAAGCCAUGGAACAAACCCAAAAUCCCUCAUCCCAAUCCGUUUGAGGAGGAGGAGGAGGAAGAGGAAACUCCCGAUAAAUCUGAGUCUGCAGCCCAAACAAAAUCCUCAACGUCAGCCGUCCCUGUGGAGAACGACGAGGGCCAGCGUUCUGUAAUUUAUUCAACUGUUAACAAGAAGAAAUCUGUUGUUCCUGUCAUUGCGUCUGAAGAGAACAAAGCCAAGCCACAAGAUAAGCCGGAUUUCUCGGAGGUAUCUGCAGUAGCAGCUGGAAGCAGCAGUGAAACAGAUUUAUCAGAUGUGACUGGAGCGGCAGACGGAAUUUAUUCCACGUUGAGAGGAGCGCAGAGUCGCAUUUUACCCCGGAGUGUUUCUGUUCCAGCCAUCGGCCCUGACUACUCUCCCUCUGUGAGCGUUAGUCUGACGGAGGGAGAGUCUCCCACAUCCUGUCAGAGUAAGCAAGCCUGCAAAGAAAAUCCUUUUGAUCGUAAACCUGGAAUGACCAAGUCAAAGACGGUCCAGGACCUGUCUUCCAGCCGAGGCCCGGCCCCGGGUCACGGCUUCCCGCUCAUCAAGAGGAAGGUGCACACAGAGCAGGAUGCGUCUAAUGAAGAACUGGAAGUGCAGAUGAGAGAACUGAAUAAGUGUGUGGAGGCUCUCGAGCAACGAGGACUGGAACUGGAGCGAAAUCUGAGAGACUGCAGGAACGAUAAAGAAGAGGACCAGAUGCUGAUGGAGUGGUUCUCUCUAGUCCACGAGCGACACGCUCUGUCCCGUAAAGACACAGAGCUGGUUUAUCAAAUAAAGGAGCUGAAGUUGGAGGACAGACAGACAGAUGUGGAAUACGAGCUGCGGUGUCUCCUGAAUAAACCAGAGAGUGACUGGACUCAGGAGGAUCGAGGUCGGGAACAGCGGCUGAUGGAUGAGCUGGUCGCCAUCAUUGAGCAGAGGAAUCAGAUCGUCAGCAGCUUGGAGCAGGACAGGCAGAGAGAAAGAACAGAAGAUUUUGUUUUGGAAGGAAAUAUGAAGGACAAAGACUUUCAGAAAGAAAAACUGAAGGAACUGAAGAAGUCAAAAGGAAAAUUCAAGCCAAAAAAAGUGUUCAAACUGUUGAAUCAUAAAUGAGAGAGCCACAAAAAGAACUGAAGAAAGGUUAUUCUUGGGAAACCAAUUCACGGGAAAACAUAAGCUAUGCUGAUAUGGCCGGAGUGGGACAUGAUUUUAAUGUCAAAUAAUACAUUUAUUUGUUAUAAGUGGAAUAUACAAGCACAGCUUUAUGCCAUGUACAAUUUUUUAUGAAAAUUUCCCAGUAUCGCGAAUGUAUAUUUUCUGUAAUGUAUUGGUCCUCUGCUUUACACGACUGCAUUUUUACCUUUUUAUUGCAAACUUGUACAUUUGCUGUUUUUAUAUUGUCCCUCUGGAGAAAACCUGCAGACUGAUUAAACAGCAAUCGU